AUGGAGUUUUUACUUUUACCAGCGGUUACUGCCGAUCUGCCUACUACCAGCGUGACGGUUUCAUCUUGGAAGUUCCCACAGGGUGUGGAACUAGCAGAUCCAGUUUUUUUCCAAUCCAAAUCAGUGGAUUUGGUCUUCGGCGUUCAACAUUUCUUCUCCUUCUUUCAAACCGACAACAAAAUUCCACUAGGCAGGGGGCUACCAAUGCUGAUAGAUUCGGUAUUUGGUUGGUUGGUCACCGGUGCAGUCGAACAUCAGGAUUCAUCACCACACAUCGUUUGUAAUACGGCAUCUACAGUAAAUCUCGACGAACUUCUCACCAGGUUUUGGUCGUGUGAGGAGAUAGGGUCUCCGAACACAUUUUCCCCGGAAGAACAACGCUGCGAGGAGCAGUUUGUUCGCACAAUCCAGAAGAGUUCUGAUGGGCGAUAUACUGUUGGCUUACCGAAAAACGACCAGGUGCUUUUGACGAUGGGCGAGUCGCGAGGCAUUGCACUUCAGCGACUGAGUGGCUUGGAACGCAGAUUGGUGAGGGAUCCAGAUUUGCGGAGCCAGUACAACGAGUUCAUGGAGGAGUACAUACAGCUAGGGCACAUGCGCAGGGUGCAUGCGGGCCCGGAAAAACGUUGCUAUCUACCACACCAUUCAGUCAUCAAACAGGCCAGCACAACCACGAAGGUUCGAGUGGUGUUUGACGCAUCAUGCAAGAGCAGCACCGGUAUUUCCCUAAACGAUACACUCUUGGCAGGACCCGUUAUCCAGGACGAGCUUCGAGCUCUCAUCAUGCGUUGCCGCACGAAACAAAUUAUGAUUGUCGCGGACAUCGAAAAAAUGUUCAGACAGAUCGGAAUCGAUGAAGAAGACAUACCGCUUCAAAGCAUUCUGUGGAGGAAGAAUCCAUCGGAGGAGGUGAAGACCUAUGAACUGACUACCGUCACAUACGGAACAAAACCGGCACCGUUUCUUGCCACCAGAGCCUUGAAACAGUUGGCCACAGAUGAACAGGAAAGAUUUCCUAAUGGAGCCAAAGCUAUUAUGGAGGACGUCUACAUGGACGACGUUAUAACCGGUACAGAUAAAGCAAGCGCAGCCUCGAAACUUUGUGAGGAAUUAAUCAAUCUAACGAGGAGUGGAGGGUUCCGACUGCGAAAAUUUGCUUCGAAUUCAACGACAGCCUUGCGCGUAAUAGAAGAGGAAGACCUAGUGCUGCCGCAUAGUAACGAGAUACAGCUCGACCCAGACCCUGCAGUCAAAACCCUAGGUCUUGUUUGA